CCAGUUCCUGGGCGUGGUUUAUCCGCGUUCCUCAACUCUUUCCUCGGGCUGCGUGAGUGUGAGGCUGCCGCUGUGGAUCGUGGAUCAGAGGAAAGACAUGUAUCAGUUAUGCGCCACAGGAGCCAGAGAUCCACUCAGUAACGAGGCCGGUAAACUGUCAUGAUUCCCAUCACUGAGUUGCGAUACUUUGCUGAUACACAGCCGGCGUAUCGGAUUCUGAAACCAUGGUGGGACGUGUUCACAGACUACAUCUCCAUCGUCAUGCUGAUGAUCGCGGUGUUCGGUGGCACGCUGCAGGUCACGCAGGACAAAAUGAUUUGCCUGCCGUGCAAAUGGGUCGUCAACCAGACCUGCGAACAACUCAACGUCAGCGUGCCGCUCAAUGCCGAGCCCAAGGGCAUCCAGUACGACCUCGACAGACACCAGUACAACUACGUGGACGCCGUGUGUUACGAGAACAAGCUGCACUGGUUCGCAAAGUACUUCCCGUAUCUGGUGCUGCUGCACACGCUGAUCUUUCUAGCGUGUAGUAACUUCUGGUUUAAGUUUCCGCGGACCAGUUCGAAGCUGGAGCAUUUCGUGUCGAUCCUGCUGAAGUGUUUCGACUCGCCGUGGACGACGCGGGCGCUUUCUGAGACGGUGGUGGAGGAGAGCGACCCGAAGCCGGCGGGGAAGAUGAACGGCUCGAUGGAUAAGAAAACCUCCAGCGUCAGCGACCAGGAUGUGGAGGCAAGCGUUCCCAUGCUGCAGAGGACCAAGUCCCGCAUCGAGCAGGGCAUCGUGGACCGUUCGGAGACGGGCGUCCUGGAUAAGAAGGAAGGAGAGCAGGCCAAAGCGCUGUUUGAGAAGGUGGUGACGGACGUUGGCGUUCACUUGCAGAAGCUCUCCAUCAAUAACGAAGGGACCAAACUGAUGGUUCUGAACAGUCUGAAGAAGAUGGUGAACCUGACGGAGCUGGAGCUGCUGCGCUGUGAUCUAGAGCGCAUCCCGCACUCCAUAUUCAGCCUGCACAAUCUACAGGAGAUCGAUCUGAAAGACAACAACUUGAAGACCAUCGAGGAGAUCAUCAGCUUCCAGCAUCUCCACAGACUGGUGUGCCUCAAGCUCUGGUACAACCAGAUCGCCUACAUCCCCAUCCAGAUCGGCACCCUCACCAACCUGGAGCGCCUCUACCUGAACAGGAACAAGAUCGAGAAGAUUCCUGCCCAGCUCUUCUUCUGCAGGAAGCUGCGUUACCUGGACCUCAGCCACAACAACCUGACCAGCAUCCCUGCAGACAUCGGCUUCCUGCAGAACCUGCAGUACUUUGCGGUGACAGCCAACAGAAUCGAGGCUCUGCCACCCGAGUUGUUCCAGUGUAAGAAGCUGCGGACGCUGAAUCUGGGAAAUAACUGCCUUACGGUGCUGCCGUCACGUUUCGGAGAGUUAACCGGCCUCAUGCAGCUGGAGCUCCGCGGAAACCGGCUGGAGGGAUUACCGGUGGAGCUCUCCGAAUGCCGCCUUCUCAAGCGCUCCGGGCUGAUCGUAGAAGAGGAUCUCUUCAACACCCUGCCGCCGGAGGUCAAGGAGCAGCUGUGGAGAACCGAUAAAGAACAAGCCUGAGCGAGACAGAGGAACUCUUAAAGGCAUAGUCCACCCAAAAAUUAACAUUUGCUGAAAAUCUACUCCCCCUCAGGCCAUCCAAGAUGUAGA